AGUGUCCUUCCAGGGGCAUCCAGUCUAAAAAUGUACAAAAUACAUAAUCAUGAGGCCAUAGUUGGAAUUAAUUCUUGAAUUUCAAGCUCUUCAAAUACAAAGUUUUGUGUCGACUACAUUAGGAAAGUGGUUAUGGAAAAUGUGAAUGCACCAAAGAGCCCAUUCUCCGGUGCAUGUAUAGUUACAAGUUUAUUACUGACAUGGAUAGCUGGUAUUCGGAUUGUAAAUACAACAUAUACUCGAAUGUCAUUCAGAAGGCAGAAUACGUUUUAUUGACAGAUACUUGGCAAAUGAAAACGCAAGCUCCUUAUCUGAUGUCGUAAUUGGCAGCUGCAGUGGCCAAUCAAAGCCCAGCAACCAGCGUCCGGUUUCCUCUGCGAGCUCGCCAAGCAAGGAGGUGGGGUGAGGGUCAAAGAUACGCAGAGAAACGGGCUGCUGGUGGCGAAGAUGGCGGAUGGGGACAGUGGCAGUGAGCGCGGUGGCAGCAGCGGCGGUGGCGGUGGAGGGGGAGGAGGCAGUGGGUUUCAGCAUUACCAGCGGGAACCGGAGACCCAGGAGCUGGCCUCGAAACGAUUGGACAUUCAGAACAAACGUUUCUACCUUGAUGUGAAGCAAAACGCGAAAGGCCGGUUUAUCAAAAUCGCCGAGGUCGGCGCCGGAGGCUCGAAAAGUCGACUGACCCUCUCUAUGUCAGUUGCAGCAGAGUUCCGUGACUACCUGGGGGAUUUCAUAGAGCACUACGCCCAGCUUGGGCCUAGUACCCCGGAGCAGAUCGCUCAGUCAUCCGGUGGGGAUGACACCGGGCCUAGAAGGGCCUUGAAGAGCGAGUUCCUGGUGCGUGAGAACCGCAAAUACUACCUCGACUUGAAGGAGAACCAGAGGGGUCGGUUUCUCCGGAUCCGACAGACCGUCAAUCGAGGCCCCGGCUUCGGUGUCGGAGUAGGCGGCAUCCCCGGGGCUGGCCUGCAAGCCGGACAAACCAUUGCACUCCCGGCCCAGGGCUUAAUAGAGUUCCGCGACGCCUUGGCCAAGUUAAUAGACGACUAGGAGCUGGCCGGCGGCGGAGGGGCCGGUGGCUACAGCGAGCUUCCGGAGGGCACCUCGAUCAUGGUGGACUCCAAGCGGUUCUUCUUUGACGUGGGAUCCAACAAGUACGGAGUUUUCUUAAGGGUGAGUGAAGUGAAGCCCAGCUAUAGAAACUCUAUAACAAUCCCCUUCAAGGCGUGGAGCAAGUUCGGAGGGGCGUUCAGCCGCUACGCCGAGGAAAUGAAAGAGAUCCAGGAGCGGCACCGGGAUAAGAUGUAUGAGAGGAGAACCGGAGAGGAGUCGGAGGGCGACGACGUGGACGACGAUUGACGGAGAGGUGUCUGCUUGUGAUGAAGCUCACAACAUGAUGCAAAGCCUGGAGAUACACAGAGAAACGGAGAGAGGGGAACGACUAGCUAUUCUGUGCAUGACGAAUCGAACUUUAAAUGCUAAAACAACAGAGUAAAAUAAAAAGUAUAUUUGACUGAGAAAUUAAUGUCUAUAUAAGAGAUCCAUGUUCUAAAGUUUAGGUGGAUGUUAUAGAUAAAUGAGUGCGGACUGCAGUAGUCAGCUCCUGUAUGAGAUUUCCCCUUGAUAAAACUAUAAAUAUCUAUAUAUACAUAAAUAUAUUGAUUGUCCAUUUGAUAACCUCAAACAUGUAGCCCAGCAAAUUAAGUCUGACAGCUCAAGAGGCAGCAGUAGGUUACCAGUCCCACUUCCUGCUUGAUAUCCAAUGAUAAGAGCUCACCUGGUGCUGACCUGUAUCUGUGUGAUGAAAAUAAGGAAGUGUGAAACGUGUCACAUACUCAAACCAGCAGGUGUGGAGUGGGCGUGAGACAGCGCACCUGCAUCACUCACCAUGGCUGUGUGUUUUUUGUCUAAAGUGAUCAGUAACGAACAGCUUGCCCAGGCAGACCUGCAACACCCAGAGCCCCGGUUUCAGCUAUAGGGGGCAUCCUUGGACAUGCACUCAGCCCAGCGAGGUCCCUCCUUUAAGGUGAUCUGUUACAAGCACAUGACACAUUUGGAUUCCUGGACAAUCCAAAUGAGUCCAAAUGACCUCCCCCAGUCCUUCCUUCCUCCUCCAUCCCCUCCUCCUCUCCCUCCUGGGCAUCCCUCAGGUGCUAGGUGCUGACCUGCUCCCACAUGGCUCAGGGCUGGCAAGUCCUAUCUGUGUAUUACCUGGGCCUGUGCAUCAUCCUCAAGAGGCUCUGGGUGCAGAUCUGGUCAGCAAGUUGCUGCAGCUGAGAUGUCGGUGACAACUGAUGAUGUCUCAUAUGAUGCAGGGCCACAUGUGACUUCUGUGACCUCUUUGGCAAAAAGGAUGCGGUGAGCUCAGGCCUCCAGCACUGGUCACACUUUUCUGCGCUAAGCUUAACAUUGCGGGGCUUGAGCUAAGGUCUCAAGGAAAUUGACCUUGUUGAUGUAUUUAGGGUGCACCAUUUGGAUCCUUUAAUCUUGAACUCUGACCAUUAAUGACUGAAGCUGUGUUCAGUCUGAUUGUAAGAAAAAUUAGGUGCUUUUGGAAAAUAAAAACCCAUAGUGGGGUGCUGUUCCUAAAGUAAAAAAAACAAACAUACUGGAAGAGAUUUACUUACAAAAAGAUCAAGUAUAGAUAGAAUUAUUUUUCAAAAGAGAUAUAUUGAAAUGUCUUAGAAAUAUGAGACAUUUAUUAGAUAAAUGCUGCCUAAAGUGGCUUAUUUAAAACACUAAACUUGGAUGCAACUGUCCAGGGUGAUAUUUCAUACCUGCUUUUUUCUUAACAUUUCUUUUAUUCCUUAGAGGAAAUUAAGACGAGUACAA